ACAUUCUUUUAAGAUUUAGCGCACCGGUUUGGAGUAAUGACACUCGUGCCUGGGCCCCUCACGCGGCAAUUCGUCCGGCUGAAACAGUCGGCAACGAACGGCAUGAAGGUCAUCAGCUAUAACAUAUUAGCUCCGAAGUAUGCAGGGUACAACAACUACUGCCCGCCGCAGCUGCUGGCGUGGGCAUACCGGCGGGAGCUGGUGCUGCAGGAGCUGAGCCACUACGGGGCGGACUUGGUGGCGCUGCAGGAGUGUGACGAGGCCUUCUACGGCGCAGAGCUGGGCGGCUGGAUGGCGGCGGCGGGCAUGCAGGGCAGCUUCCUGCCGCGGCCGGUGGGCCCGGUGCCGGGUCCCACGGAGGGCAUUGCGGUGCUGUGGCGCUCCGCGGCGCUGGAGCUGGUGGCGCCGCCGCGCAGCCUGCUGUACUCGGAGCUGGGGCCGGAGGCGGCGGGGCUGCCGGCAGAGGUGGCAGGCACGCAGCCGUGGCUGAAGCUGCGGGAGCUGGGCGAGGGCGCGGUGAUGGCGCUGCUGCGGCACCGGGGCUCGGGCCGCCUGCUGCUGUUCUGCUGCACACACCUGUUCUGGAACCCCGUGUUCCCAGAUGUCAAGGCACUGCAGGCCGCGUUGCUGUGUGCCGAGCUGGCCGCGUACAGCCGGCAGGCGGCGGCCCAGCAGCAGCAGGAGGAGGUGGGGCCGGUGCCGGUGGUGCUGUGCGGCGACUUCAACAGCCUGGCAGAGAAGCGGCUGCCGGACGGCUUCGACCCUCAGGUGCCGGAGGGCGGGCGGUUGGUCAGUGGCGUGUACGAACUCUUGUCGGGCGGCGCCCUGGCCCCCGAGCACCCCGACCACCCGCACAGCCGCGUGUGGCAGCCGGGGACGAUGGCGCGCACCGUCACGCCCGCCGGCGGCGAGGGAGCGCCGCGCUUCCCGGCGCUGCCGCUCAGCUCGUCCGGGUUGCGGCUAGGCAGCCUGAACGCGCUGGCAUUCGGGCGGGAGCCGCCCGUGACCAACCGCACCGCCCACUUCGCGGGCUGUCUGGACUACGUGUGGCUCAGCCAGCCCCACCUGCAGGUGGCGGCGGCGCUGGCCCUGCCGUACGAGGACGGCGGCAGCCCGCCGCUCACGGGGCCCGCCGCCGCCGACGCACCUGCGGGCGCUGCUGGGGCGCAGGGGCCCGGGGAAAGGGGGGAAACUGGGGUUACGGGGCCAGGGGCGGGGGCGAGGGUGGGGGUGGGGGUGGGCGCUGCGCGGCCGGGCACGUGGCGGGACCCGCUGGCUGACGUGGCCAUGGUGGCGGUGCCGGACCAGCAAUACCCCAGCGACCACUUGGCGGUGGGCGGCGAGGUGGUGCUGGUGGUGUAGGGACGUGGGGCGGAGGAGGGCAGUGAUAGGAGAGGUGCGGUGAGGCUCGAGAGUGCAUCGGGGUAAGACAGCGUCGGCCGGGUGAACCUGGUGUGGACAGUGGAUCUUAGGUAGCGGACGGCGGGUCGGCGACAGAGUCAAGGAGCGCAGCUUUGAGCGCUAUUGACGCGCAGCGCAGGCAUCCUGUGAUCCUGCCAUUUUUAUGUGUGCAAGUGAGCAUGCUGUGUAUAGGGUGUGGACUGUGAAUUGCGGGCGGUCCGGCGUGAUAAGUAAAGGGCUGAGACAAGGAGCGCAGUGUCAGCGCUACCACCCAACACCGCAACACGUGAAACAGACAUCCUGCAUGUGUCUGCUUUCCACGCAAGCGGUUGCAACAGGGAAGGCUGACGUAGGCCGGAAGGGAUAGAUACCGGUAGAUGCAAGGACAUAGGCUGGCCAGUGUAAGGUGCGGCAGUC